CAUAAAAGCUCAAAACAGUAUUCACCCCUCUGCUCUCCUUCUCUCUCCCUCUCUGGCCAAUAAAAACCAAAUACUAUAUGCAUAAGAAUUUAAGAUAUAGAGAAGUGUUUAGUCGUUGUUUCCCCUAAUAUAGCAAAAAAAAAAAAAAAGAAGUACCAAUUGUUGAUCAUUUUCAGAAAAACAAAGCUUACUAGCCUUCCAAUAUUUUCUAGUAUUGUUCAAACAAAGAAAACUCCAUGUGAACACUAGUCUUCCCACUCUCCCAUCAAUCUCAUCAUCAUCAUCAUCCUCAAACUAUAUAUCUUCAAUUCUUUUUCUACUUCUAGUAGUGCACUUCUUUCUUCUUCUUUUUCUGUGUAUUAGAAUUUGUGACAGCAGUAAUUCGUCACAAGUCUUGACUUUUAAUUUCUUAUUCAGUGAGAAAAUUAGGCAUAGAAAAACAUCUAACCCAUGGAGAGUUCCAACCUCCACAUCAACAUCCACCAAAACAAUAACCACGACAACAACAAUAAUAAUGUUAAUGUUGGAAGUACUACUAUUUCUUCUUCUUCUUCAACGGCGUCUACCUCAAGCAGAUACGAGAAUCAGAAGCGAAGAGAUUGGAAUACUUUCGGACAGUACUUAAAAAAUCACAGGCCUCCACUCACGCUCUCUCGCUGCAGUGGUGCUCACGUCCUAGAAUUCCUUCGUUACCUUGAUCAAUUCGGCAAAACUAAGGUUCAUGUUCCGAUGUGUCCCUUUUAUGGUCACCCAAAUCCUCCAGCACCAUGUCCGUGCCCGGUCAAACAAGCUUGGGGGAGCCUUGACGCACUUGUUGGUCGUCUUAGAGCUGCUUUUGAAGAAAAUGGUGGAAAACCUGAGACGAAUCCUUUUGGUGCUCGAGCUGUUAGGCUUUACCUACGUGAGGUUCGUGAUUUGCAAUCCAAAGCAAGGGGAGUUAGUUAUGAUAAGAAGAAGAAAAAAAAGCGGAAACUCUCUCCGCUACCGCAACAGUUGCCGGAUACACACUCAGUUGACGGUUAACGUAAGGCUUUUACCAGCAUUUAAAUGGAGUUUCUCUUUUUACUUCUGCUAGCCACAUUCUAUAACGAACCAAAGCAUAGAUUUUGGGUUGUACGGUUUUCAUCUUUUCUUGUAGAUGCGAGAGUUAGUUACUUCGAGGGGAGCUUUUGAACAAUAGUAAAUUCAUUGCAGUGAGACCUAUAAAUCAAGAGUUCAAGCCAUAAAAUCAGCCGCUGAUAUUUGUAUUAGUGUAGGCUGCUUAAAUCACGUCCCUUGGGACAUGCUCUCCCGUUGCAUUAGUGCGCACGUCCUAGAUUUCCUUCAUUGCCAAGUUAAGUUGAAUAUUUUUUUUGAAAAUUGAUGAAGUUGUAUUUGGACCUGAGUUUAAUUUUAACAAAAAAGUUGAAGUUGGAUUGA